AUGUCCGCGACGACCACAUCGACGACACCAGCACAUGCGCCCGGCAUGCGAAAAAAUGGCAAACAGUGGCACGAGCCCCGGCGAGCUUUUCGUCCUGCUGCUGGUCAAACGAGCUACGCAAAACGAGUCGCACGCGAAUCGCAGGCCGCCGAAGUGAAGAAGGUGGAGAAGGAGAUGAAGGACGAGAAAGAGCAAGAGCGUCAGCGCCGCAUACAAGCCAUCAAGGACAAACGCGCGGCCAAAGAGGAGAAGGAGCGCUAUGAAAAGAUGGCUGAGAAGAUGCACAAGAAGCGUGUGGAACGGCUCAAGCGUCGAGAGAAGCGUAACAAGCUGCUCAAGUCGUGA